AUGCAUAGGAAUAUUGUUUGUUAUACACAUAUUAUGCAAGACUGUAUACAAGUAUGCUUUUAUACUUACCUAGACUCUUCUAGGCGUGAACAAUUAGCUUUUAUUAUAUGCUAUGUUUCAUUUGAAGGAACGUCUCCUCUUAUAAAGGAAAGAUUGUUAUCUUUAAAAGAAUCACCACAAGCUAAAGGAAGCCAGUUAUUUGAUUUAUUUCAAGAUAUUUGCAUUGAAAAUAGUUUAAAAUGGAAAACAAUGCUUGUGGGUCAAAGUUAUGAUGGCGCAAGCAAUAUGCGAGGGCAGUAUCAAGGAUUGCAAUCACUUAUAAAAGAAGUAAAUCCAGCUGCUAUAUAUACAUGGUGCUACGCUCAUCGGCUAAAUCGUAUAGUCGUUCAAGUAACUAGCAGUUCACCUGAUGCUGUUAAUACAUUUGGUAAUAUAGAAGAGUUGUAUAAUUUUAUUUCAUCAAGCAAAAAAAGAGUGGCAUAUUAUGAAAAUAUGCAAAAGAAAAAACAUCCAACUGUUAGGGUAAAAAGGUUAAAAAGAGUUAAUACAACACGAUGGAUGUCUGACUGA